AGAAACACCUGGACAAGGGUAGCGACCUCGCGGAGGCGGCGAACACGAGCGGUCUCCGGGAGUUGGCGCGUUCCCUGAAACAGCAUCUACGUGGUUUCGGUUCGCGUCUAGAGGACACGAGGGAGCGUCUGGAGGACACUUCGCGAUGUUUUCUGCUCCUGGACCGAGCCUACGAAUGGGCACUGGAGGCUACGAGGGUGGUCGGCGAUCGUCGUGCCCAGCAGUUUCUUAUGGCGAGGCCGCCGCUUCCCCAGGAACAUUUCGCCGAGAUGGUUACCCUCGCUGAAAAACUCGGCAACGAAUCACUCCUGGAGCAGUGUCGCGUAGCCAAAAACAGGUGCGCCGAAGCUCUCGAGCUGACGAGGUCUCAAUCAGCUCCCGGAAGUCCUGCCAGGAGAAGAUCCUUCGCCGCUACCGGAUCUGCCGCUUCCUGGGACGACAGCCUGACGAAACGCACUUCCUGGGACGACAGCGACAGCGCUUCCUGUUCCUGUCCCGUUGACGGCGGCGUCGGUUCGGGAUCAGGAAAUGGCGGUCGUCCUGCCCUCGACAACAUCGCCGAGCUUCGCGAAAGCGCCGAACAGCUUCUUGACUCCUCUCCACCACGUUCACCGCCCCGAUCACCGGCGCCUCGACGCCUUGCAAAACCACCCGUCAAUUCGCACCUGCACCGAGCACCCAGUAUUGCGCCUGGAAUGAAAGCUAAGAAGUAUGUUGUGACGCAAAUAUUAAAACAUCUUACGUGUAAACGUUUUUAUAAAGUAAAUUUCUUCAUCGAUUAUUGCUGGAAGCUAUUGUCUCUUCGACAUUUUCUAUCUCCAUGACGCUUUCUAUGAAGUAGAAGAUU